CUCUCCAGCCGCCUGGGCGCUCCGCCUCCCGCUCGCUCGCGCAGCGAUGUCCAAGCCGCCCCCGAAGCCGGCCAAGCCAGGACAAGUCAAAGUUUUUAGAGCCUUGUAUACAUUUGAACCCAGAACUCCAGAUGAACUGUAUUUUGAAGAAGGAGAUAUUAUCUACAUUUCGGAUAUGAGUGACACAAAUUGGUGGAAGGGAACCUGUAAAGGAAGAACUGGACUAAUCCCCAGCAACUAUGUGGCUGAACAAGCAGAAUCCAUUGACAACCCACUACAUGAAGCUGCCAAGAGAGGGAACCUGAGCUGGCUGAGGGAGUGUUUGGAUAACAGAGUUGGUGUCAAUGGCUUAGACAAAGCUGGGAGCACGGCCUUGUACUGGGCAUGCCAUGGUGGACACAAAGAUAUAGUGGAAGUAUUAUUGACGCAGCCAAAUGUAGAACUAAACCAACAGAAUAAACUGGGGGACACAGCUUUGCACGCUGCUGCAUGGAAGGGUUAUGCAGAUAUCGUAGAAACACUGCUGGCAAAAGGUGCUAGAACAGAUUUAAGAAAUAAUGAGAAGAAAUUGGCUUUUGACAUGGCUACUAAUGCAGCAUGUGCUUCCCUGCUUAAAAAGAAACAAGGACAAGACAUAAUGCGAACCUUAAGCAAUGCAGAGGAAUACCUUGAUGAUGAAGACUCCGAUUGAACUGCCUUAAUACUGUCUAAAAAUGUACAGCUUUUGUGCCUCCACCUUUCUCAAAUUCUUCCUCUGACUACAAAAAGUGUACUUUUCUCAUAUACAUGGUAAUGUAACAUCAUAGCUAUCCCUUCCACAGAGUCAAAAUAUUCCCCUUCUCCCCAGUACUUAAGGUCCAAAAAUUCUCUAGCUGCUUUUAAAUAAAUGGGCUAGGUGAGAGUAUAUGUUUGGUGACUUUUCCCAUUAUACACUGGAAAUAGACUUUGCCCUUUAAGAAGAAGUGUUAAUAUAUCUCUGCAGACAUUGGGUUUUUUGCAGGACAAAUGGCCAUAUUUAAUGCUACACCAUGCUAGUUUUAUUUUACUUUUACAGAAAGAAAUAUAUCAGGUAGAAGAGUGGUUGGUUUUCCUUACAACACAUAUUCACCUGUGCGCAUGUUUAUGUGUAUUUUAUUUGCGCGCGCACACACACACACACACACACACAUGUAUGGGCGUUGGUUCCGUGCAUGUUUAUACACUGAGCGCCCAAACUGGAGUCAUGGAAUGAAAAUACUUCAUAUCAGGAACAUAUCCUUGAGGGGACUGGAGUUGAAGAGAUGUUCCAGUUUCCCACAAACUGGUUCUGGUUAUACACAUUUUCUGUGGUCGCUUGGGGUUACCCA